GAAAAAAAGCAGAGCAAAAACAGAGAGAAUCAUGGAGACGUGGUUCAUCAUCAUCAUUUCGCUCUGUUUCUGUUCCCUUCUGAACUCCAUUUUUUCCCACUUCCGAAGCUCCACCAAUCUCCCACCAGGCCCUCCUUCCAUCCCCAUCUUCACCAAUCUCCAAUGGCUCCGCAGAUCCCCUCUUCAAAUCGAGUCUCUUCUCCGCACCCUCGUCGCCAAAUACGGCCCCAUCAUCACCCUCCCCAUCGGCACUCGCCCCACCGUCUUCAUCGCCGACCGCUCCAUCGCCCACAACGCCCUUGUCCUAAACGGCGCUCUCUUCGCCGACCGUCCACCUGCACUUCCCAUCAGCAAGAUCGCCUCCAGCAACCAGCAUAAUAUCAACACCGCCUCUUAUGGCCCACUCUGGCGCCUCCUCCGCCGUAAUCUCACUUCCCAAAUCCUCCAUCCUUCCCGGGUCAGAUCCUACUCUCGUGCUCGCAAAUGGGUUUUGGAUAUUCUUAUUGAUCGGUUCCUCUCUCACUCUCAAUUGAGAGAACCCAUUUGCGUUGUGGAUCAUUUUCAGUAUGCUAUGUUUUGUUUGUUGGUGUUGAUGUGCUUUGGAGACAAGCUUGAGGAAUCCCAGAUCAAGGAAAUUGAGAACGUGCAGCGUAAGAUGCUGGUAAACCUUGGGCUUUUCAACGCUCUCAAUUUCUGGCCCAAAUUGACCAAGAUUUUCCUCCGAAAGCGCUGGGAGACGUUUCAUGAACUCAAGAGGAAUCGAGAUGAAGUCACCAUCCCUUUAAUCGAAGCAAGAAGGAAGGCCAUCCAAAACAGAGAAAACAGAGAAAACAGAGCAAACAGAGCCGAAGCUGAAGAAGAAAAAGAAGAAUUCGUGGUGUCAUAUGUGGAUACCCUUCUCGAUUUGGAGCACCCAGACGAGAAGAGAAAGCUUACAGAUGAAGAAAUGUCCACACUAGCCUCUGAAUUCCUCAACGCGGGCACCGACACCACGUCCACGGCCCUGCAAUGGAUAAUGGCGAAUUUGGUGAAAUACCCAGAAAUCCAACACAAGCUUUUUGCUGAGAUGAAAGGAGUAAUGGGAGAUGGAACGGGGGAGGAGGUGAAGGAAGAGGAUUUGGGGAAGCUUCCAUAUCUGAAAGCUGUGGUUUUGGAAGGAUUAAGAAGACACCCACCAGGGCAUUUCGUGUUACCACACGCAGUGAAAGAUGACACGAUGUUGGAGAAUUACGUGAUACCAAAGAACGGAACUGUAAAUUUCAUGGUGGCGGAGAUGGGUUGGGAUCCGGAAGUGUGGGAAGAUCCGAUGGCGUUCAAGCCGGAGAGGUUCAUGAAGGGCGGGGAAGAAGAAGAAGUGGCGGGGUUUGAUAUAACAGGGAGCAAGGAGAUAAAGAUGAUGCCGUUCGGCGCAGGGAGGAGGAUGUGCCCAGGAUUCGGUCUGGCAAUUCUUCAUUUGGAGUAUUUCAUAGCCAAUCUGGUUUGGAGGUUUGAAUGGAAGGCGGUGGAGGGCGACGGCGUCGAUCUGUCGGAGAAGGUGGAGUUCACGGUGGUGAUGGAGAAGCCUCUGAAAGCCAACAUAAUUCCCAGGUCUUAAAUUGAGGUUUGUGUUUAUCUUAUGAAGUCGUAGGGAAAAUGUGUUUUAUUUUAUGUUUUAAUUUAUUUUGUGACAAAUAUGAGGAGGUAGCGAUUUAGAAUUCACAAGUUAUAUUAAUAAGACUUUAUAGCUUCAUAAA